AUGGCCGACCCAACUCACCAGAGCAUUUCCUAUCAAAUAAACGUGGUGCUGUCCGAACACCGAGCAGCGACGCUGCCCCGGUCGCCCGGCCCACGGAUCACCAGCAGACUCCAGUCUGCGGCCUCCCACCCGGCAGGGCUCCGUGAUAGUCCUCAGACAGUUCAUCAAGUUCACCUUAAUCCAGGAAAUUCUGACAGUAAUACUUAUCAGAGUAUUCAGCAGAUGAGAAAUGCAAUGGAAAAAGAGAUAAAGAGUGAGAGAACAAGAGGAAAUGGUAGAGAGUUAGCAUUCACCCUCAUGCCGUUGUAUGCUCUUGGAGUGGGAGUGUUUGCAGCAUACAAAUUUCUGAAGGUAAGCCAUAAGAAAAGGAAACUGGAGCAGCAUCUGGCACAGACAGAGAAAAUGUUAAAUUCUUUAUUAACUCAGUUGGAUCCACUGUCAAACUGUGUUAAUGCUUUAGCUUGUGAGCAGAAAGAUGAAAUAAUGACACAGCUCCAAUCAAUUAGACGACUGAUGAAAGAAAGUGGAUUGGAUAAAUCAGAAAACAACGUGAAAGAUGUCAGCCACAUUUGUAAUGAGCAGCUUGAAGAUCUCAUUCAGUCAUUUGCUGAACAUUCUCAAGAGAAAGAAAUGGACGACAGAGAAGACAGUAAUGAAGAUUUGCUUGAGGAUGUUGAUAAUGAUUACAGAAUAGAAAAGCAUGAAAUAUUUGAUGAAUGUGAAGUACAUCAGUUUGAGCCAGAUAUGGUAGAAGACCAAGAAAUGUUAAAUAAAGAUGCCAUUGAAUCAGAAGAGAGAGGAUUGAGGAGACGUAAUAGAUAUGAAUGA